UGGGCUGAGAGGACAUAUGGGAUGAGGACUGGUCUGUGUUGGAACCACUGGGAAGGUGCAGAUCCAUCUGCUGAGACAGCUUUGGCUGUAAUGGGGGGUUCACAACCAAAAUAGAUUAUUGUGCUGAUAAUAGUUAAGUAUGAAAACUUAAACAUCAAAGAAAAUGGAGUUAUAAAAAAAAAAAUUGAUAACUAGCUGAAUAGCCUCACAGGUAGGCAGUAUAUCAGAACCAUAACAGUUUAUUAAUCUCAGAGGAAAUUUUAGUGUGCAGUUUAGAGCUGGCAAAAAUACAAAAUAAAUUAAAAAGGCAUCAAAUAUCUUUUUUUCUAUUAGCCUAGUAUUCUAGCCAUUAAAAGAAGGUCAAAGCACAUCAAUGGAGCAAUGCUUAUUAAGGGACACAAGUAUCUAAAAAUUCAAGAUACAAGAAACAUCAGCUCUCUACCAGUUUUAAUGAGAAUAUUUUUUAUUCACCCUCUAGAAAAUAAACAAAGUUUUAACACUAAUGUCAAAAAAAAAAAAAAUCUUAAAUUUCUCAUCAGUCAAAUUUCUAUCCUGUGAGUGUGUUUGAUUACCCAAAGCUUCCACCAGUGCACAUUUCUGUAGCUAUCAACGCACUUAAACACCCGUUACAUUACAAAGUCCCCCUCUGAAGUGCUUAACAAAUCUUUAAGCUGUACAUAAAGCAAACCGCAACCUCAAGAUGAUUUAUUAGAAACAUGUUAAUCCAUCAAUAAUAAACUGUAGCAUUCCUGAUGUAAACCAGAAAAUUUCCUAAUGAUUUAACAAUAAAAAAAGAUAAUUCUAGAUAAUUUAUUUAAAACAAACCAGACUAUUCUAGAUAAUUCCCAGAUAUUUUAAAUGAUUUAUUAGAUAUCAACCAGAUAAUUGUGGAUGAUUCAGUAAAUAGAAAACAGAUCAUUUAUCAAUAAUAAACUGCUAACGAUUUAUUCUUUAUAAACCAGACAAUUCUAGAUCAUUUAUUGAUAAUAAACCGGAUAAUUCUAGAGGAUUCCUCUAAAAACAGGGAGAUAAGCCCAGGGCUCAUCUUGUCUCUUAGUUGCUGAAAUAUUACUGACAAUUUAUUUCUAACUGUUCAUAUGAUGUAAUUUUAUAAUAUGAUUUAUAUCUGAUUUAAUGCCACAUCUUUACACUUAUCUGAGGCUCAGAUGAACACUUUGGAAACACUGUCUACCUGUCUGACCUACUGACUGACUGUCUAUCUGUCUGUCAUCAGCCCAUCAAAAUGUUGAUCACACAGAAACAGAGAUUUUAAAAAAACAACUUCUCUCUUAAUCAUACCGAGCACAAACCGUCUAACUACACUAUAAUAACGAGCUCAAAGUAAGAUCUGCAGAGCUCAAAAUAUCUGACUUAUUAUUUAAAACAAGAAAAAUUAGAGUAAAACAGCAGUGCAUCAGCCUCAGAACCACACAACUCGAUCAUAUUACUAUAACUGUCUACGUAUAAUGUUUUUUACUACAAAAUAAUUUACUUAAUCUUUAUUUUACUUAAAAAAAAAACAAUUGUUUCUUACCUGACUUUCCAGAUAUCUCUUUUUACGUUUUAGGUGAUCAAUCCAAAAUUUCAGCUUCAUCCUCUUCAAGUCACUGCUGCAAAAAGUUUCAGGUUUUGGCCACACACCCCCUCACCCCACCCCUCACCAAGCGCUCUGAUUGGAUAAUUGGUUGCCGCGCUGUAACUGUGGUGGGGGAGGGGGAGAAGAAAUCUGCAGCUGGUAUCCAAACAGACAUGAAGCGUGAGCAUGAACCCAUGUAGGAAAAAAGUCGUAGUGAGGACUUUGAGUUAUUACGCUGUUGUGGGGGAGGGGAGCAGAAAUCUGGAGCUGGUAUCAAACAGACAUGAAGAGUGAGCAUGAAGCCAUGUAGAAAAAAGUCGUAGUGAGGACUUUGAGUUUGUAUGAGCAGAGCUGGAAGUUUUAGCUUAUUUAUGAUCUACAGUUUAUCUACAGAGGGAAAUGAAUGUGUAUGAAUGUUACCAUCAACUAGUAUUACUAACAAUCACAAAGAAUACUACUUUACUGCAAUUAUAGACAAAAAUUACUUGAAGAAUUUAUACAAAAGUAUGUAAAGAGCAAAUGUUUGAUUUAAAAUUGAUUAGGGUUAAUAAUUUUUAUUAUUGAUUAAGAUAAUCAUAUAUAUUAAAUGAGAGUGAGUGAAACUAAACGCUGUGUAAUUUCAAUAACAUGAAAAAAAAACCUUUUCAGAGGUCAGCAUGAUACUGCACAAUUUUGAACAUAUGAGUGAAUUAGGAAAUCUUUUAAAAAUAGAACAGAUCAUGACUUGCCCAUAAAUAUUCAAGAGGUCAUAGGAGCAAACAGGAGUAAAUGAUUACAAUAGCAACAGGGUCAAAACAGGCAGGCUUCAUUACUACAAGUAGGCCUCACACAGUCAUAUGAGGCCUCUAGAACCCCAAUAAAGGACUUUAAGUUGUAAUAGUCAUCAGGAAUCUCUCCUCACUCCAUGCUGAGUGCUUUGUGAGCAGACAUGAUGUCUAAAAUAACUUAAAAAGGCUUUUUUGAAACUAUUUGAGACCUAAUUUAUGCUAAAAGCUAUGUCCACACACCUGUUUGCUUUUUUUCUCUCAUUUAGCUUGUGGAGCAGAUACAGACAUGAAAUUGCACAUGCAUAUUCCUAACAGGGUCCUGCAUGUAUGACAGAAGUUUCAUCUCAUUUGAAGCUAUUAUGACAGAGUUAUGAGGCUUUGCCUAUAGCAUUUAUUAGCAUUGAAUUGAAAAUGUUCAGGCUCCAUGGAUGGGACAGGAGGCUGUCAGGAAGAUUAAACCAAAACAAAAAUGAUCCCUAAGAUGAGCAGAACAACAUACUAAAGUUUCAGCCUCCUCGGUACAGGGGGUCCAUUAAAGGCCCUCCUCUGAAACUAGAAAAAAUGAUGCUGUGUCAUGCAUUGACCCUGAGACAGUUUGUCAAGUUAACAUGGGUUGGGUUCUCGUUAAGGACUUGUGAAUGUACCACAUUCACCAAAUUUCACACACGUAUUCCCAGGUCUCAGACGAGUCUAUCCUGGUAGUUUCAGACCCCUGGGUUUUAAGGGGCCCGAACAGGAGCUGAUUAGACUGUCAAUUUUUUUGCAACAUCAAAUGUCAAAAAUCAGGUCAAAAUAACUUCAAAUGGGCUGAAAUUUUCUGUGGGUAUUCAGACUUUAGGAUGAAACAAUUAUAUGCAAUAUCAUGGCUCUACGCUCUUUUGUUGGCUACUUCCUGUUUGGGAGGGGCCACAGACUUGGAUUCACCAGAAUAUGAUUCUAUAAUUUCCAAAGGUGUCACAGAUUAGUUUUCAUGUCUGUAGACACAACAGAAGCCAAAUGACAUCAAAAAAGCAACAGGGUCAAAACAGGCAGGCUUCAUCACUACAAGUAGGCCUCACACAAUCAAAUGAGACUCGUAGAACCCCAAAUGAAGAGUUAAAGGCAUCAAAAUCAUCAGGAGUCACUCCUCACUCCAUGCUAAUUGCUUUGAGAGCAGGCCUGGGGUCUAAAACACCUUAGAAAGGCUUUUUUAAAACUAUUUGAGACCUAAUUUAUGCUAAAAGCUAAGUCCACACACAUGUUUGCUUUUGUCUUCUCAUUUAGCUCCUGAAGCAGAUACAGACAUGAAAUUACACAUGCAUGUUCCUAACAGGGUCCUGCAUGUAUGACAGAAGUUUCAUCUCAUUUGAAGCUAUUAUGACAGAGUUAUGAGGCUUUGCCCAUAGCAUUUAUGAGCACUGAAUUGAAAAUGUUCAGGCUCCGUGGAUGGGACAGGGGGCUGUCAGGAAGAUUAAACCAAAACAAAAAUGAUCCCUAAGAUGAGCAGAACAACAUACUAAAGUUUCAGCCUCCUCGGUACAGGGGGUCCAUUAAAGGCCCUCCUCUGAAACUAGAAAAAAUGAUGCUGUGUCAUGCAUUGACCCUGAGACAGUUUGUCAAGUUAACAUGGGUUGGGUUCUCGUUAAGGACUUGUGAAUGUACCACAUUCACCAAAUUUCACACACGUAUUCCCAGGUCUCAGACGAGUCUAUCCUGGUAGUUUCAGACCCCUGGGUUUUAAGGGGCUCGAACAGGAGCUGAUUAGACUGUCAAUUUUUUUGCAACAUCAAAUGUCAAAAAUCAGGUCAAAAUAACUUCAAAUGAGCUGAAAUUUUCUGUGGGUAUUCAGACUUUGGGAAGAAACAAUUAUAUGCAAUAUCAUGGCUCUACGCUCUUUUGUUGGCUACUUCCUGUUUGGGAGGGGCCACAGACUUGGAUCUACUGGAAUAUGAUUCUAUAAUUUCCAAAGGUGUCACAGAUUAGUUUUCAUGUCUGUAGACACAACAGAAGCCAAAUGACAUCAAAAAAGCAACAGGGUCAAAACAGGCAGGCUUCAUCACUACAAGUAGGCCUCACACAAUCAAAUGAGACCCGUAGAACCCCAAAUGAAGAGUUAAAGGCAUCAAAAUCAUCAGGAGUCACUCCUCACUCCAUGCUAAUUGCUUUGAGAGCAGGCGUGGUGUCUAAAACACCUUAAAAAGGCUUUUUAAAACUAUUUGAGACCUACUUUAUGUUGAAAGCUAUGUCCACACACCUGUUUGCUUUUGUCUUCUCAUUUAGCUCCUGAAGCAGAUACAGACAUGAAAUUACACAUGCAUGUUCCUAACAGGGUCCUGCAUGUAUGACAAAAAUUUAAUCUCAUUUGAAGCUAUUAUGACAGAGUUAUGAGGCUUUGCCUAUAGCAUUUAUUAGCAUUGAAUUGAAAAUGUUCAGGCUCCAUGGAUGGGACAGGAGGCUGUCAGGAAGAUUAAACCAAAACAAAAAUGAUCCCUAAGAUGAGCAGAACAACAUACUAAAGUUUCAGCCUCCUCGGUGCAGGGGGUCCAUUAAAGGCCCUCCUCUGAAACUAGAAAAAAUGAUGCUGUGUCAUGCAUUGACCCUGAGAGGGUUCGUCAAGUGAACAUGGUUUUGGAUCUAAUUAAGGACUUGUGAAUGUGCCACAUUCACCAAAUUUCACACAUGUAUUCUUAGGCCUCAGACGAGUCUAUCCUGUUAGUUUCAGACCCCUGGGUUUUAAGGGGCCCGAACAGGAGCUGAUUAGACUGUGAAUUUUUUUGCAACAUCAAAUGUCAAAAAUCAGGUCAAAAUAACUUCAAAUGGGCUGAAAUUUUCUGUGGGUAUUCAGACUUUAGGAUGAAACAAUUAUAUGCAAUAUCAUGGCUCUACGCUCUUUCGUUGGCUACUUCCUGUUUGGGAGGGGCCACAGACUUGGAUUCACCAGAAUAUGAUUCUAUGAUUUCCAAAGGUGUCACAGAUUAGUUUUCAUGUCUGUAGACACAACAGAAGCCAAAUGACAUCAAAAAAGCAACAGGGUCAAAACAGGCAGGCUUCAUCACUACAAGUAGGCCUCACACAAUCAAAUGAGACCCGUAGAACCCCAAAUGAAGAGUUAAAGGCAUCAAAAUCAUCAGGAGUCACUCCUCACUCCAUGCUAAUUGCUUUGAGAGCAGGCGUGGUGUCUAAAACACCUUAAAAAGGCUUUUUAAAACUAUUUGAGACCUAAUUUAUGUUGAAAGCUAUGUCCACAUGCCUGUUUGCUUUUAUCUUCUCAUUUGGCUCCUGAAGCAGCAUGUUCCUAACAGGGUCUUGCAUGUAUGACAAAGAUUUCAGCUCAUUUGAAGCUAUUAUGACAGAGUUAUGAGGCUUUGCCUAUAGCAUUUGUUAGCAUUGAAUUGAAAAAGUUCGGGCUCCGUGGAUGGGACAGGAGGCAGUCAGGAAGAUCAACCCAAAACAAAAAUGAUCCCUAAGAUGAGCAGAACAACAUAAUAAAGUUUCAGCCUCCUAGGUACAGAGGGUCCAUUUAAGGCCCUCCUCUGAAACUAGAAACAGACUUGGUUCCAUGUAUGAUUUCGAGUAUAAAGCCCUUAAUGGAGGAAGUUCAAAAUGUUCACUGAAUUGCCGAUUAACACAUAGUUUGUCUCGGAAAUUACGUAUAAUGAAUGAAUUAUUAUAUAAUAAUGAAUCAUUGCAUAAGAACUUUCAUAGGAAAUUAUAAUAUUUUAGUUCUUAUAGCAAGCAUCUGCAGGUAUGCUACUGUUAAUAAAGACUUUCAGUAAACAUUGCCUUGUUUCUCCAGAAAAAAGGAUACCAUGCAUUUACUGUAAAUACUUAAUCAUAUCAGAAUUUUUUUCACUUUUUUAUUUUUAUUUAAACAAAUAAUACAGAGUUGUUGCAUUAUUUAACUUCAGUGUUUCAAACCUAAUGAAUGUGAGUCAUAUCUCUGAUGUUUCUAUUUUUUAAUCCAGAUGCUCUCAUAAAAUAUUCUUAUUACUGAAUACUGGUAAAUAUGCACUUUUUAUUACUCUUUAUUUACAGUUUUAAAUAACUUCUUAUAUCAUGUGUUGAAUAAAAUGAAGUCUAUUAAACUGCAGCACUCAUGGAGAGGUCUGCUUAGUAGCACCUAUGUAAUUAAGGUGCAGUACCGUAUUCAUACACCAGGGGAGCUCCGGAGUAAAUCAGUGUGAAAAUUUUAGUUGCAGUACUGUAAUCAUACACCAGGGGAGCUCCGGAGCAAAAUCAGUGUGAACGUUCCAGAGUAAAAACCAUGAAUUUGUACAAAAAUGAGGACUGCUUUGAAAAUGAUAGGGUAGCAUCUUUAUGGUCUUGGGAGUUGAUUUCAAUCAACUCAAAGUGAGGACUAGCCUAAAUGUCCUCACUUCCCAAAAUAGACCUCACACUGUGGGUUAAAAACUGUAGCAAGUCCUCACUCAGCAGCAAGUACAAGAACACACACACACACGCACACACACACACACACAAACACACACACACACACACACACACACACACACACACACACACACACACACACACACACAGAAGGCAUUUGUGUCAUACACCAUAGUGGUUGCCCUUGUAAGGUCUUGGUGGAACUAGCUGAGGGGUUUUCUGUCUUUUCCUCUGUGGACACCACAGACAUUUUUAACACAACAUAUUUCUUUCUAACCAAUUGCUUAUGCUGUCUCUGACUCUAAAACACAGAGGGACAUCUAUACACACUAUGACUGGGGCUUAAACAUGACAGAGAUGAACCACAGGCAUUAAUCUUGGCCCACAGUGUUGAACCACAAUUUCAACCAGAACUGCCUGUACUUCCUCUUCUUUUAUAUCAUAGUCAACAAACGUAUAUUUUUCCCUCUCUGGUUCAAAUAACAGCCAGGUUUCUUGUUUAACCAAGACUACAAUGAUGCUCUGAAUUUCAGUCAAGGACUUACAGGCUUACGUUGUCAUAAACCAAGACAACAAAUGUAUGGGCAUUAGGGCAUAAGUGUAACAGCAUACUCUAAAAUGAAACUUUUUAGUUUUUAUUACAGAAAUGCAAAGGGUGAUACAUAAAAAGUAUCAUCAUAGAAUUUGUCAGAUGGAGAGUCCAUCUGACUCCAGGGUAACAAAGCUUUAAGUCUGUCUGCAACAUGUCUGCUCAAAAUUCAUAUAAGCUGGUCUCCAUUAUCAGCAGUCAGAGCCUUUUUCUUAUUUUGGCAUCUGAAUUAAUAGCCAAAAUCUAAUAUCAGGACAAGUCCACGUUUUCCCAAGGUGACACCACCAAAACAGCAUUCUCCGGUGGCUUGAAUGAGUAAUGACUAAUUUUUAGUAACAACGAAGUACCUGAUGGGACAGAAAGUUUGACUUCUUUAAAACAGGAAGCUCCGACCUUGCAUUGGGACACUGGUCAAUACACGGAUUUACUUGAUAGCUUUCAAAUAAAGUAUUGUACAAAACACAAUUGUUUAGACAGGGGCUUCGACUUCCUCAUGAAUUAAGUCAAGGUUAAUGACUGUUUGGCAAGCUUUUCAGUUUGAAGUCUGGCAAAAACAACAGGACCAAACGUGACUGAAGCGUUGUUACUUCAUAACCUCAUUGCAUCAAAAGGAUUGCAAAGUGAUGCAACUGUUUCUUGUUCAAACAUUUUAUCAGAUCAGGUAUGAUCAGCUGCAUUACAAAAGGCCAGGGAAAUUACCCAACAUCCUUGCACACACUCUUUGUGUCCUACAGUAAAUACAGAGUGGACACAUUUAAAGUAAAGGUCCUAAAUGACAGUAUGUGCAACAUCAACAAGUCACUUAGGACGUAAAAUGUAAUAACUCAAUUAAAAAAAGGUGUAAAAUUUUCAUAAAAAUGGAAUUUAAUGGUUUGCAAACCAUGCAGACCCUAUACUAAAUUGAAAACUGUGAUAAGACAACAUCACAAAUGCAAAAACCAAAGAAGUUUUUAUUUUAUUUUAUUUUUUUAAAUACAGACUCAUCUGGACUUUAAAGCCAACAACACUGUUGAAAAGUUGAGAUGGGCACAUGUUACCCAUUGCGUUGUAUCACUUCUUCUCUUAACAACUCUCUGUUUAUGUUUUGAAACUAAUGUGUCCAGUUUUGAAAGUGAAGUGUUGUCCCAUUCUCCAUAGAUAUUUUCACUGCACAGUUCAGGGUCUUGUAUUUUGUUGUUGUUCGUUGUUGUAACUGUUUUUAAUGGGUUUUUCCACAUACAAUGGUUUGUGGAAGGGAUUUCCAUGCAGUGAUUUCCACUACUAACUCAUGUCUCUUUUUAAUGCAGGGCCAUCUGAGGGCCCAGAAAUCACAGCCAGCAAGUACUGGUUUUUGGCCUUGCCCCUGUCUGAGAGAUUUCUAAUUCUUUGGACCUUCAAGUAAAAUGUUCUGCAAAUAAUGAUGCCACCUCCUCCUUUUUUUCAAUUAUAAGCUUUGGAAAAUUAUCCUGAAAUUGUUCAACCAUUUAUACAUGAAGUCUCUCACACAGAGACUUUCUUUCCAUCAUAACUUUUAGGAGACUCUGCUUAUAUUAGGUGACCUUUUUAUACCUAGUUAUGAUACUGAUCUGGAAGUUGUUCCUCUUCCUUUUUUCACUAUUACACAGCUUUGUCAGUGUUUUGUUGUCUCUGCGCCAACGUUUUAGAAAUUUGUUGCUGAUAUUAUAAUCAAAAUUAGCAAAUAUUUUUUCAUAAAACUAACAAAAACAAAUCAGUGCCAAUAUUUGAUAAAGUUUUUUUGCACCAUUUUCAAUUGCAUUAAUGUUUUGCAAGCCAUUAAAAUCUGUUUUUAAUCAACAUUUUACAGUAUUCUGACUCUUUUUUACAUGAAGGUGGUGAUAUUGCUUGCAUGCUAACCGUGGCAGUAUUUCAGUUAUAAAUCUGUUCCUGUGCUAAACUAUUACCAACAUACAUGAGUGAUAAUCUUGAAUCAUGAUCUUUAAAGCUCUUUUAACAUUGUCCUGCUGUCUGGACAUUCCCUCUCAAACAAUAUGCCUUCAAGUAUGUUUGUGUGUUUGCCUCUGUGAUGGUUAUCAAGGUCUUGUGUUCCCCAUAGAGCACAGAAAGAGGCACACCCCUUUCCCUCUCUGCAUCCUCACAGACACCCAUACACAUUCAGGCACAGAGGCCAGAAGCCCUCACAAUAGAAACAGGAAGUCCAGCUACUGUACGGCGACAAGGAGAGGAAAUAGUAGAGGCUGUUUUCCUCUUUGGCUGUCUCUGUGUGUGUUGAUGUGCACUUGUGGGUGUGUCCUGUGAGAGUCAGUGUGUGGCAGUGAAAAAUACACACAGUAUAUGCACUGAACUACAUAUUUAUACCUCUUACACUGCCAUAAUUCCUGUUUCCCACAUUCAAACCACUGCUACCAAACACAUCAUGGAGAAAAAAAGACACUCAGCACUUCUCACACACCCGGUCUUUGUCCAGCACUCAAGACACACCCCUGGAGAAAUCACAACAGCCUGACCACCACUGUAGCAUCACAGUGACUUGAUGAGAUGCAGUCAGUUUCAUGUAGUAACAAAGUCUUCAAACCAGACAGGCACAUUUGUUGACACCCUAGUUAAAUGCCAUUAGAAAGAUCUGACAAUCAGCAAGAUAUCAAUUGCUAUUUAUACCUACUCCCACUUCAUGGAUUUGACACCUGAUACAGUUAGUGUCAGUACUUCAAAACUAGACCAGUUUAUCUGUCUACAUGGGUCGUCCCUGCCCAUCAUAUAAGUUCUUGCUUUACUGAGACAAAUAAAAUUGAAGAUGAACGGAUUUUGUAACAUUAAAAUAAGUGAUCAAAUGUUUUGUAAAAGACCACAGGUAAAUCGCCGAAGAUAAGAGAGGAGACUGAAAUAUACAUAGCAACCAUUAAGUUUGUUACGGAAUUGCCAUAUAUCUAACAACAAGAACCGACCUUUAAAUGUCGUGAUUUUUUAGGUAAGUUUGGUGUGGUAUGCACAGAUCUGCACAUAGAUGCUAACCUGUUAACUGCUUACUGAUUUUAACUCACCUAUGACUAUCCUCAGAUGUUUCAACCUCGUCAACACGUCCUUCUUUGGGUCCAACACUUUCUGUGUUGAUUUUUUAACAUCCCCAUGAGGCUUUUUGGAGAACAUUCCUGGGGCAGGAGGCACACAAAUGCUAUGGUAGACAGUAAGGAGGAGUUAGCAGUGUAGCCGCUCCGACAGCUUCAGCCUGGGUUAAUCUUCAAACUAUAACCAAAAACCGGCGCUCCUCUAUCAUCUACCAACGCCCCCCGAAACAGCGUAGAGGAUAUCAAGGGGAGACUGUAAUAGAAGGCGCAUUGUGUUUACACCGGGAAUACUCUGAAAAACGUAGCGGAGCAAAGCAUCCAUCCAUCGUACCUCCCUUCCACAACAGCCCGCAGCCUGACGGAUAAACUAGCUUCUCAGCUAGCUCCGCUGUUCACUUAAAAAACAUCAUGGCGGAGGAGGGAGGAGGGAAAACAAAAUAAUGGAUACCAGAGAAAUUCAACGUUAAGAUGCCUACAUAGUUUAAACUUAUUAAUGUAAAAAUGUCUUUAAAUAAAACAAAAUUCCAUAAAUGACACAGACAGCGUACCAUAUUAAGUCGUUAAAGAUUUGUUCGGUUAGUCGCUAAAGAUUCUUUUACAAUGCCGCCUCGAGGAGUAACGCUGAAUUCUGGGUAACUGAGUUUUAAAAUCUAUUAUCUGCCCUACUGAGUUGUGGUUAUUACCGGUAGAGAAAACUACAGUUCCCUGUGAAAGUAAGAGCGCAUCGUUGAAUUUUGUUUUUAGCAUAGCUGAGAGACACGACUGGACUGAACGGAGAAAUUGCUUUUAUACCUACUGCAUAAGACCCUCUUUAAACUUCAUCUGGUGAGUAAAAAAAUAUUUAUUUUUAUAUAUAAAUUUAAGUGAUGAACAAUGCUUAUAUUAUUUGCUACAUAAUAAUACUAAGUUGUCAAUACGCUAUCAUCGUGCUAACAUGAUGUGUUGUUUGUCAACGAUGGUGUUUUUUAUCGUUAAAGUGAUAUGUGUAGAAUAAGGAUCGGCUGAAUUUGCAAGAAACUUCAAUAAAUACUUAAACGCACACAGUGGAUCUUCGUUGUUUGAACAAUGAAUAUAUGUAUAAAUGAUAUCAUAGUACUUUAAGCAGCCUCUACGAAAAAAAUCGAGUGAUCCACCUUGAAUAAUAACAUAACACCAGGAUACUUUUUGUGCAAAAUGCAAUAUUAUUUUCACGUGGUCAUAAAUCGUGAUUGUAUUCAGUUGACUAAAAACACAAAUGUACCGCCAUCUCAUGUACUUAAAUCCAGGAAUAAUCUUCCCCUUCGUGGAGAAAGGCACAAAGUUUCUUCGUCUUUUCAGCUUAUCCCACUUAUGCAGUCACUGGUUCUCAUGCAUAUAAACAAAAAUCCAUCCCAAUAACUGCAUAAUAAACCCUAUCACGAGUUUUUCAAUUUUACAAGCACUAUGCAUGUCAACCAGAGUGGGAAGCAGGGAAGGGGAUGCAAUGAAAUCUCUAACUUAACAAAUAGACUUUUGUAAUAAGUCAAAAGUUGUUACACCUCAUCCAUAGUUCUACUGGUUAGUUUCCCCUAAAACCAACCACUUGAAAACAGUUGGUCGAUAAAAGACACGUAAAACAGAAACUCAAAACUACCAAAUUCAUUCUAGCAUUGUCUUUCGUAGCACAAUCAGUCAGAAGUUGACUCGCUGCCAUGCCAGUGCACCGUGACCGGGAGAAGAAGGAGAGCACUGCAGAGGAGAUGGAAGUGGAAGAACAGGAACAUGAAGCAUCCAGCUCUGAAGAAGAGGAUUCAGACACCUCCUCCGUCUCUGAAGAUGGAGACACAUCUGGUGAGAUAUUCUUCCGCUUUUCAUUUUCUGUUCAUUAUAGUGUUUGCUUCUUUUGGUCAUAAAUCUUCAGCCUGGAGUUUUUUCGUGGUUGUUAUUAUGUUUGUGUGUCUCCCUGAUGAUCCAGAAAUGGAUGAGGAGGAUUGUGAGCGUAGGAGGAUGGAGUGCCUUGAUGAAAUGUCCAACCUUGAGAAACAAUUCACGGAUCUUAAAGACCAGUACGGCUGAAAUAAUUUUUUGUUUUCCGUUUUUAAUUUCAAAAUAUUUGAACCCAAAAUAAGUAAAGUUAUCAGAAUUAGCUUCGGUCAUAGUUACACCCAGGUUUGUGUGCAGGCUGUAUCGGGAGCGUCUCAGCCAGGUGAACAGCAAGCUUGCAGAAGUGGAAGCUGGCCGGGCAGCAGAAUAUCUGGAGCCUUUGGCGGUGUUGUUGGAAAACAUGCAGGUCCGCACUAAGGUGGCAGGUAACUUCAACAUACAGACACACACUCUUGGAGUAAUACACACUUUUCUUUAUUGCCUUCAAUCCCUCUCACACUGUGUGUACCUCUCUUCUCUUCUCUUUGUCAGGUAUCUACAGGGAACUGUGCCUGGAGUCUGUGAAAAACAAGUAUGAGUGUGAGACCCAAGCAGCAUGUCAACAUUGGGAGGUUAGACAACUCUUCAUGGUUUUACAUCAAAUAUUCCCUUGCUCAUAAUGAUCAGAAUGUUAUCAUAAUCUAAAUUUUAAAAUUAAGUCUGAAGCAAAGACCAAAUAAAAAAGGAGGAAACUGAAACAGAGACAUCCAGAUUUGGCUUUUAUAUAUUAACUUAAGACUUGAGUCUUGCAUUUCUGCCAUCUAGCCUUGGUCUUUUAACUAAUUAUACUGGGACAAGAGUGGAGACCUGAAGAUGAGAGCAGUUUGCAGUAAUAGGGAUUUUGCAGGUUGCAUUGGUUGCAAAUGUUCAUUGUCAGAGUUGCUUUGCCCUUAAAUACACUUUUCUUUUCUUCUAUAGUGCUCUAAAUGCAAUCAUAAAAUACAACAAACCAAAAGACUACCUUGCUGUCAUUAAUACUGUCUAUGAUCCUGACUGCCAAUUAAUCUUUUGAGGGCCAAUCUGAAAAUGAACACUUCCAACCGGUUGUUGCAAAUAUGGAAUCACAAAUACACACCAGGGUUUUUCCUGGCUCAAAUUGAGGCAGAGGUGGCACCAUCCUGACCAUGCGCCAUGACGUGCAUGUAUUUGUAAAUUCAACUGACUCACUUUCUUUUACAGGCAACAUACUUUAAGUUAAGAGUUCAAAAAAGAGUGUGACCAUUAUCAUGCUAAAGCAUUCAUUUAUUAAAACUAUAUACAUACACAAAUCAGCUGGCAACUUUAAAUUGAAAGUACACUUCAUCCACACAUCUCACAACCAGACAGAACAUUUCAGCCUCCUCUUUUUCAUUCUGUAGAACCUCCUCAUGCACUCCUUGUAGUCCAAGGCCUCCUGGUCUGGUCCAUCAACGGCCACCUUACAACAGACAUCCAAGUGCCUCUCCUUCAGUCUGUUCCGCAGAGGUGUCUUCACCUUAAACAAAACAAUUCAUCAUGCAUGAAGUAUUUUUUGUUUUUAUUCUGAUACAGACAUGAAGAGUGAUAGUGUUUUCAAUCAUAUAUUAUAUAUAUGUAUACGUUGCAGUGUCCUCCCUAAAAAAAAAAACGACAACCAAUUAUUUCUUAAACUAUCUAAACUAUGUUAUUUUAGUUUUUGUAACUUUAUUAGUUGAGUGUUUUUAGGUACUACCAUCUUUAAUAUACUUCUCCUUCUCUUCUGCUGCUUUGUGAAUGGCUGUCACCUCAUGUCUUUUUAAUGUGUCCAGCCUGUAGUUGGUUGAUGGCUGUCUCACUAAGGAGGCAGCAAUUGCCUGCUGUGUUGGGGCACAGUGCUUUUGGCAUCAAUAGCAGUGCAUGCAUUCCUCAGUAUGCCUGAGCCAGGUAAAUUGAUUGAGCCACUGCUUGUCAAAGCCACUGGCUCUGUGUUUUUGAGAAGAUCUGGAAAGAGGAAUAAAAACCACGUACACGUUGGUUUUGCGUUGUUAUGCUCCUAAUUGGAAACUAAUUAAUUAAUUACCCUCGCCUCGCCGACUCGUCCUGUCCUGCAUUCUGACCCUCGCGAUCACCAGUCCCUUGUGAAGUACUUUCAGACCUGACACAAAUUUCCACGUUGUCACCACCAUGAAUUAUAGCAUUUUAACUGCCUGUUCCUUUUUUUUCUCUGCUGUGUUUCACCUGGACUCUUGACUUUCCUCCUCGCGAGGUCGCUUUUUAAAGUACUGGCUGAUUUUGCCUGUCAUAACUGCAACGCUAAAAAAACGGAGUAAACUUUUUUUUAAAUAAACACGUCAUGCUCGGAUGCAAAAAAGACAUGUGCUGCGUCCGAACUGCCCGCUCGGAUACUACAUGCUACUGCUACGUGCUACUGCUAGAUCCUACUCCUACAUACUAAAUACGUUGGCCCAAUUCGGACACACUAGACGAGCGGUGGGGAAAGACGACCCCGCAGGCAGAGAGUAGGUACUGCGCCCGUGCAGACAGUGGUAACUGAAGCCCCUCAUCUGCGGGCCUGGCUGUAGUACUGCAGCUGUGCAGUUUAAUGAUGGAAUAAGUGAGCUUUACCUCCAUGAUGUCGCCACUUGCUCAUAAAAUGAUUACUUGGGCAAAUAUGACACCAUGACAUGACAAAGAGAUACAACCGGACAUUUUUUAGGACAGUGUGUGAAGUUACAUGAAACUUACAUCUGUACUGCUGCGGUCCCGCCUGCUGUUGCUGCUGCUGCUCCGACAUGGUGCGCGCUGCUGUGGCCAGCCGGCGUUCGCGACACUUUUAAAUAGGCAGAGCAGCUGGUGGCGCUAGCAUCACAUGCGCUUCUACAACUUUUAAGAGGACGAAGAAGAAGCCCGCGGUGCAUUUUGGGUCAGUAGCAUGCCCGUAGGAUGCACCGAGACCAACCUACAAUGUGGGCGUGUCUAGCAUCUGAAGUAGUAUCUGAAGUAGCAUGCUACUCGCUCCGGUGGCCAAUUCGGACAUGCUAGAUACUACUUCGACUACUACUUCGACUACUACUUGGCAAUUCGGACGCAGCUCUGCAGUAUUUACCUGUUUGUGUCCAGCCGCCAGGGAAAAUCAGGACGCCGAUAGCACCAACUAGCGGGAAAAAAAACAUGAUUCGAUCCGUUUCUUCUUCGGUAGAUGCUUCAGGUCUUUCCGAUGCACUGCUGUUGAUAUAGCGCCUCUAUAGUGGUGCAACGCUGCAACUGCAGUUAAAAUACGUUGCUGCUGCAGAGGGACAUCAUACGCUCAAUCAACACAGCUGGAGCUUUACGCUGUGUUGAGCGAAAUCAAUCGCUCUGGCUGGGGGCGGCACAAAAUUAGGUGGAGGCGGCCGCCACGCAAUUUUGAACGCAGGAAAAACCCUGCACACUAACACUUGUUCUUUGGCUCCUAUUUUAUCAGGGAGCUGCUGAAGCAUUACAUUUUUCCUGCCAGCCAACUGAUCCAUGAGUCAUUAAGAAUUCAGAAUGUAAUUUGAGCUAAGUGUGCUUAAUUUGAUCGAUCACUAGGGCUAAUGAGUGCAAGUAAAUGGCUGUAUGCUUGUGUCUUAUGAGUCUUUUUGUCUGAAACUAUGCCUCUGUCCUUGUGCGUGCCUGUGUGUUCAUGUGCAGAGUGAGAAGCUGCUUCUGUUUGACACAGUUCAGAGUGAGCUGGAGGAGAAAAUUAGACGGCUGGAAGAGGACAGACACAGCAUUGAUAUUACAUCAGGUGACACAGACAGAAAAACAAUGAUUACAUAAUGUUAUGUGCAGGAAAGUUUCAAGUUACAAAUGUAAAAACACAUUCACCACAAUAUAUUUUCAUGGCAUGAAACAUUUGAUCUGUCUUUCUCUGUCAGAGUUGUGGAAUGAUGAGUUAUCAGGAAGAAAGAAGAGGAGAGAUGCAUUAAGCCCUGAUAAAAAGAGGAGACGACCUUCAGUGGUGUCUGAUAUCCUUGUGCUGUUGCUGCUUUUUUAUGAUCCUGUGAAUCUCAGUCAUAUCCUCUCAAUCAGUUUUUAAUUCUUCUUGAUCACUGAGGCAUUGUCCUUGACCCCACUCACGUCCAUAUAUUGUCUACAUGCUGCCUGAUCUAGACAUCCUGGAGGACUGGACAGCAAUUAGAAAGGUAUGUGAAUGUGUCUGCUGAUUUUGAUGAGAUAUUGUGCCCUGAGGCCUCCACUUAAAGACAGAUGGACAAAUAAAGACCAGGUCGAACCCCUCAGUUUCAAAGCAACUAAAGCGUUUAACUUCCUUUCACUUGGGUUAUAUCUCUUGAGUAACAUGUGCUGCAUACCUAACCUUCCCCAAAGUUUGUAGUGUUUGAGAUCAACAUCAUUUCUGAAGAUUUAUUAUCUUUUUUUUUCCUUUGUGGGUUUCUAAGUGAAGUCUAGAUCCAUGAGUAUGUUUACUCCUGCAUUCCUAAAUUGAUGAAUGUCAUGUCCUUGUGAGUUUGGAGCUGGUGCAAGUUUUUACUAAUUAGCAAAAAAUGCUCCUCCAAUCCCCAUGUAAGGACAUGAGACUGCAGUGCCUUGGGAUAACAGAAAUUACUCAGGAUUGAUGAGGGGUAGGGAAAGCAAGAAUGCACAAAUUAAAAUUGCUUUUAUUCAGAAAUCCAAACAAAACCAUACUAACGCAGGCCUGAAAGGGAGGUAGUGGUGCUCAAGGUGGUCUUGAGUGAUGUAUGGAAUCGAUUGUAUUUAGUUGUGCCAUAGUAGAUGUAAAAACAUACAUACCUCUAAAAAAAAAAAUACAUAUUUAAGUGGACAAUUUACCUUUAUGAUUGAAUAUUUUGCAGUUGAGACCAAAAAUUUCAUGAAUAGAAUCAAAUUUGACUGUAUUGAAUUGUUUAUUAAUAAAUGUGUUGUAAGAAAAUAAAAUAAAUGAAAGAUAAUUUAAAAAAUGUGCUAAUUGGAGCAAAACACAAUUAAGUACCAGCAUAUCAACACUAUAAUGUCCUUUUCAUGCUGUUAAAUCUUCUCAGAUUUAGCUCUUAUUACAUUAGGCUGAGCCACUUACUAAAAAUGUGUUUUUAUUUGUGACUUUAUGAGUCCCUUUGACAACCCUGGGGCUGUAGCUGCAAAGAGAAGGUCAAAAAUUCCAUACAUCACUCAAGACCACCUUUAGCAGAUUCCUUUAAUAGAUGCAUUUAUAGUCAGACCUCACUGCGGCCAAAGAAGGUGCUGUGAAAUGUAGAGCCUUAACCUGCAAACACACACAGUCAAGGUUGUUUUGACAGCUGUAGCUGUGUUGCUUUGAUUCUGGAUUAUGUGCCUUUCUUCUUCAGAUGUGACCAAUAUUAUACUCUCCUCUUGAGUUGUAAAUAUGCAGCUCUGCAGAACUCAGCUGCCAGUAGCCUUAUUACUGAUUGUGAUUACUUUGAUGCUGUAAACACUGUCACUUCUUCUUAUGAUUUAUUUAGUCAAUUUUCACAUUUACAUAGAAAAAAAUCAUGACAAAAAAGGAUGAUAAAAAAGAAAACCCAUUGCAGGCCCCUCUGCUCAAGAAAAGUCCACAUAUCCAACUGAUGUCUAAAUAAAGACACAAGAUGAUAAUGUCCUCCUUUUAGCAACAUACUCUCUCUUGAACAUGAAUGUGUUCAUGGAUGUGUUCAUGGAUAGAUUAGGGAAUCCUGGGGGGUAGAGGACCACUGUCAUGUGACAGCUCUUCAUUGUACAGACCUUUAGUGGUGUUAGAGUGUGUGUGUGUGUGUGUGUGUGUGUGUGUGUGUGUGUGUGUGUGUGUGUGUGUGUGUGUGUGGACAUCUUUUAACAACUAUGCAUGUUGUGUUGUCCUCCAGGCUGUGGCUACGCUGGUUCCACACAGAGGGAAGGUGGACACUGACAGCCCUGUUUUCCCCUUUAGACCGGACAGAAACAGAUCCAUUCUCAACUGCUGAGAAACACACGUAUACAACACACACAAAGAUACACAAACAAGCGUACACAAACAAAGGACUAGACUUUAGGAAGCACCCUCAAACACACAAACAAUAGACACAAACACAAACAUGACAGUAAUAGUUACAUUCACUUCUGUGUUUAUCAGAGUGCACACAGCUGAACAUUUCUCUGGAUCUUCCGACAGUGUACUGCAUUCCUCUGCUAACACAGACACCAGUCGGUAAGCUGCCGCACGUGCCAACAGGAAAUAAGAACUCCAGGUCUGAAUCCUCAAUAAGGACAAACAAGAUUGCAAAAGUUGUUUCCACUAACAUGUUAGUUACCACUUCUUCUGUUCAGACUUGUAGUUGUUUCAACGCCCUUUUAAAGAUUUCCAUUUCUCUCAGAUGAUUAUAAGCAAAUAAAGGGUUAAAGAUUUAAAGUGAAAUACCAAAUAACCCAUUUUGGGAAGAUGUGACACGCUGUGAAAGCCCUAAACAGACAUGCAGACAUUUAUUCACUCCAUUUUCAUCUGUUAAACAAGAUGUUGAAUUCAUUAAUUUUUGUAAGACCUCAAUCUAUUAGGGAACCAACACCCCAUUUUACAAAACACACAAAUCAACAACACAAGCUCAUCAGUCAUGAUAAUGUGUCUCAUGGGUCCUUCAAGGUCACAUCAUCUCAUCAGAUCAAGUGGUUUAUGUUACAAAACUGUCAUUGCAAGGAUGGGAACACAACAACUUUGACCAAGCACAUCAGCUUCAACCAAAAGGCAGUACGUUCAACAGUAGUGAGGUUAAGAAAACUCUAUCUGGAGAAUAAGUCCUGAAACGACUCUGUGUGUUCUAAAAACUGAGUGAACUUUGACUGAAUGCAUGUUUGCAUUGGACUCGUUAUUAGACUAGUGUCAGCCAAAGCCACUCAAACUAAUUCCAGUUCUCAUAACGUUUCAUUUUCUUGUAUGAAAGAAUCUAAACGACAGUGUUCCUUGGAUUGAUAUUUUCAGUGUUUAAGGGCCACAGAUGCAACAACGACGAGUCUGUUAAUGAAGACCAUGAAGCAGCCCCUUUAAUUGUUGAUCAGGUAUUACCAGUACAUACUACCUCCGCUCUGUCACUUUCUCUGUAGGGUGAAACACCGUCUGCAUUAAUUUUAAUAAAAAUGAAAUUGCUGCCAUCUCUUUGAGCUUCUGAUAAGAGUUAAGUGUUUUGCUGGUUUUUAUGACUGUGUAUUUUAUCAGGAUUUUAUUUUUGAAAAGCCUGCUGUGAUUUCAACUGCUUUUACAGUGACAAAAAGUGUUUUGUUUUUUUUUUGUUGUUUUUAAUUCCAAUAUUUAAUCUUCACAUACAAACCCAUCGUUAAUAAAAGAUGAGCAUUUCGUAUUAGAGAUUUUAUAAGCAGAGGUUAUUUGGAAGAUUAAGGUGGAGGGAAUGCAGAAUUUUCAAAUCAAUAUUUUUGAAUCAUUAUUUUGUAAACUGUCAGGCGCAUUUGUGUCGUGUUUUUUUUUUUUUUUUACAAUUAAAAUUUGGGUUAUAAAUGU